UGGAUUUGGGUUAUGAGCAUCGUUCCACUGCAAAACGCGAAUGCAACAAUUCAGCUUUGGGGUUUGUUUUUGGGGUCAAUGUCAAUUUUGUUUUGUUGCCCGGGAGGUCGUGUACCGCCUCCCCCAACACGCGCUUGGCAUCUUAAGCAGCAGCCGCUGCAACAUAUAAAAAACCAUAUGACGCCUCGCAAUCCAGUCAGUUGGUCAGCCACAGUCACAACAAUGAAACUUAGCCCAGUUGUCAUCGUAUUGCUCGCUUGCCUGUUGAGCCUGGCUCAGGCGGAUGUGCAGCAGCGUCGUCGCUAUCAACAACAGCAGCUGCAGCGGCAACAGCAGGCCGGUUACAAUUACCAGCCAGCUACUCAGAAUCUGCAGCAGAGCGCCCAGCCAGCGAUUAGCUAUGCAGCGCCACAGCAACUGUAUAGGUCACCAGCGUCUGCAUCAGCGCCUGCUCCUUCUGAGAUCAACUUUGCAGCGCAGCAGCCUCAGCAGCCUCAGCAGCUGUACAGGGCACCAGCGUCUGCAUCUGCACCUGUUCCUGCUGAGAUCAACUACGCUGCGCAACAGCCCCAGCAGCUGUACAGGGCACCAGCUCCUGCUCCAGCUACACCAGAGGCAGCUCCUCCAGCACGUCUGCAAGCAAAGCCUGCGCGCCUGGUGGCAAACAGUGAAGCCCAAGAGGACAUUGAUGAUGCCGCUGAGGAAGUGGAGGUGCCCAAGGCAGCGGCCGCCACACCAGCAGCCGUUCCAGCGCCCGUAGCACCCGUUCAGCCGCCAUCCGUUGUAUAUUACCCAGCCGGCGCCGUAAGCUUUGUGCAGCCAACAGCCUUUGCCAAGUUCAUAGCAGCACCCCAAGCAACAGCUGCAGCUGCUGCCUAUGUGGCCGCACCUCAAUAUUAUGCCGCCUACUACGGUUAG